AUGGAAGACGAGAAGCUGCAGGAGUCCAAGAAAUGGCUUCACUAUUUGUCGACAGGUGCCAAAGGUAUCAAUGAACUGGAGGCCUUAACUCUAAUUGGCCUACAGGUUCUGAAUGCCCACAAGGGCUUCUUCCACUGCAACUUCAUCGUUCCAGACCAUCUCUCUGACCAAGAUGGAAACUGGCAUGUCGGAGCUAUCGCAACUAUGAUCGACGAUGUUGGAGCCGCCGCAGUAUACUCAACUGUUGGUCUUGCCAAAACCGUUGACAUCACCCUUUCAUAUUACUCGAGGGUCAAGAUUAGAGAAGAGGUUGAGUUGGUGGCUGAUAUUGUAGGGGACAUGGGGAAGCUCAUAUGUGUGGUGGUGAAGGUAACAAGGAAAGAGAAUGGAGAAAUGGUUGCUUUGGGUAAGCAAUGGAUGGCCUCAUUUUCACCCAAGACCAAGCUAUCUCAAGUCAGUAGUAGGCUUUGAGUUAAUUCCUGACGAGUUUCAUGCUGGGAAGAGUGACAAGGAGAUCUACAAGAAGCUUGAGGAGGAUUUCGGGGAGACGGUACUUUAUGCCCCAAAAUUUGAUCUGCAGACUGCAGACUUAUGGCUAUCACCAGUGAAUUGAAAAAUACUUCAAUAGAAAGCCUUAAAACUUUUUAUUGGUUUUUAAAAUUUACUUCGUGCUCUUGUGGUUGCCGGUGCUGCUACACGUAUUCGUAUUUGGGCUUAUAAGAAAGCACAGACGAAGGACUAACGUUCAUGUCAUGCCUUUGAACCUUGUUAGAGGUGUUCCACUGACCCCAAAUAAGAAGCAAACCAUGUUAGACCUCCUCACACCACCGGCUUCAAGAGGAAAUAUGACUCAUUGACUGGUCUGCCUUGCCCUUUUUUCUUUGAUUAUACUUUGAAUUAUGGGUGAGCAUAGUCCACUAAGAUGUAAAUCAACUUCUGUCAUGGCAAAGAUGUUAAUUAUUGCUCAAUUUAGUACUAUAGACAGAGAUCCAGAUUUUGACAUCCUA